AUGUCUCCAAUGGCGCUCCAGGCAUCGUCGCCGCCCGCGUUCCGUGCGGUCCCGGCCACGGCCAACGCUUCCUGCCGGCGGCAGUUCCAGGUGCGCGCUCAGGUGGCCGGCGGCAGGAGCAGCAGCAGCAGCGUCGGAGCCGACGGCGGGAAGAUGAUGGUUUCCAAGGCGGAGCCGGCGGCUGCGGCGGCCACGUCGUCAUCCGGCCCGUGGAAGAUCGACUUCUCCUCCGGCGAGAAGCCGGCGACGCCGCUGCUGGACACCAUCAACUACCCGCUGAACAUGAAGAACCUCUCCACCUCGGAUCUGGAGCAGCUGGCGGCGGAGCUCCGCGCGGAGAUCGUGCACACGGUGUCCAAGACGGGCGGCCACCUGAGCUCGAGCCUGGGCGUGGUGGAGCUCUCGGUGGCACUGCACCACGUGUUCGACACCCCCGACGACAAGAUCAUCUGGGACGUGGGCCACCAGGCGUACGGCCACAAGAUCCUGACGGGGCGGCGGUCCCGGAUGCACACCAUCCGGCAGACCUCCGGGCUGGCGGGGUUCCCCAAGCGCGACGAGAGCGCGCACGACGCGUUCGGCGUGGGCCACAGCUCCACCAGCAUCUCGGCGGCGCUGGGCAUGGCCGUGGCGAGGGACCUCCUCGGCCGCAAGAACCACGUCAUCUCCGUCAUCGGCGACGGCGCCAUGACGGCCGGGCAGGCCUACGAGGCCAUGAACAACUCCGGGUACCUCGACGCCAACAUGAUCGUGGUGCUCAACGACAACAAGCAGGUGUCGCUGCCGACCGCCACGCUCGACGGCCCGUCCAAGCCCGUCGGCGCGCUCAGCCGGGCGCUCACCAAGCUCCAGUCCAGCACCAAGUUCCGGCGCCUCCGGGAGGCCGCCAAGUCGGUCACCAAGCAGAUCGGCGGGCCGACGCACGAGGUGGCCGCCAAGGUGGACGAGUACGCGCGCGGCAUGAUCAGCGCGUCGGGCUCGUCGCUGUUCGAGGAGCUGGGGCUCUACUACAUCGGCCCCGUGGACGGGCACAGCGUGGAGGACCUGGUCACCAUCUUCCAGAAGGUGAAGUCGAUGCCGGCGCCGGGGCCCGUGCUGAUCCACAUCGUGACGGAGAAGGGCAAAGGCUACCCGCCGGCGGAGGCGGCGGCGGACCGGAUGCACGGCGUCGUCAAGUUCGAGCCGUCGACGGGGAGGCAGGCCAAGUCCAAGUCCCCGACGCUGUCGUACACGCAGUACUUCGCCGAGUCGCUGAUCCGGGAGGCGGAGGCCGACGACAAGGUGGUGGCGAUCCACGCGGCGAUGGGCGGCGGCACGGGGCUCAACUACUUCCAGAAGCGGUUCCCGGAGCGGUGCUUCGACGUGGGCAUCGCGGAGCAGCACGCCGUCACGUUCGCGGCCGGGCUCGCCGCCGACGGGCUCAAGCCGUUCUGCGCCAUCUACUCCUCCUUCCUGCAGCGCGGGUACGACCAGGUGGUGCACGACGUGGACCUGCAGCGGCUCCCCGUGCGGUUCGCGCUGGACCGCGCGGGGCUCGUCGGCGCCGACGGGCCCACGCACUGCGGCGCCUUCGACGUGACGUACAUGGCGUGCCUGCCCAACAUGGUGGUGAUGGCGCCCGCCGACGAGGCGGAGCUGAUGCACAUGGUGGCCACGGCGGCUGCCAUCGACGACCGGCCCAGCUGCUUCCGCUUCCCGCGCGGCAACGGCGUGGGGGCUGUCCUCCCGCCGGGGAACAAGGGGACGCCGCUGGAGGUGGGCAGGGGCAGGGUGCUGGUCGGCGGCAACCGGGUGGCGCUGCUCGGGUACGGCACCAUGGUGCAGGCCUGCCUCAAGGCUGCCGAGGCGCUCAAGGAGCACGACGUGUACGUGACCGUGGCCGACGCCCGGUUCUGCAAGCCGCUCGACACGCAGCUCAUCCGGGAGCUCGCCGCCGAGCACGAGGUGCUCAUCACCGCCGAGGAGGGGUCCAUCGGCGGGUUCGGCUCCCACGUCGCCCACUACCUCAGCCUGACCGGCCUCCUGGACGGGCCCCUCAAACUGAGAUCCAUGUUCUUGCCGGACCGGUACAUCGACCAUGGCGCGCCGCAGGACCAGAUGGAGGAGGCGGGGCUGACGCCGCGGCACAUCGCCGCCACCGUGCUGUCCCUGCUGGGGAGGCCAUUGGAGGCCAUGCAGCUCAAGUGA